UUACUCAAUUUCCUUACUAAAAGCAACAAGCUUUGGAUGGUAGAGGCAAGAAAAAUAAAUCACACAUGACAUUUCUUGAAAAUAUGCUCAUUAUAAAAUUAGGGAAAUUCCCAUACUUAAGGCGGGUUCACACCAGAUGUGAUGCUAAGCUAGGUAUGUGAUGCCACAGGCUGACACUGGCAAUGCUUGUAGUUCACACCACGAGUGAUGCAAGUGUUGUUUGUGUCAAAUGUCACGUCACUGAGAAGCUCAGUGCAUUUGCAGGAUCAUGGAGACAUUAUGUGGUCUCUUGAGGAGAAGGAGGAGGAAGAACUAUUGUUGCUGGCUGUGGCAAUGAAGAAGAGAAAAAGAAAUUGGGUGCAUGAAAUAAAUCUGGCAAGACUGAUGGUUGGUGAAUAUCUUCAUCUAUAAGUUGCUCUAUCAUCAGCGUGUGGUGUGCACCUUCUCUUCAAAAGGGAGCAACAAGCAGUGUGCACCUUCUCUUCCAAGGAGCAAUGCAGUUAUGAGUGACAGCAUGGCCUUGUUGGCCAGAAUGACUCGCAAUUUACUUGGGACAUGCAUGCAUCAGCCAAUCUAUGUUUGAAAAAAAUUAAUGGGCCUGUGACAGGCAAGCUACACGAGCAAUGAUUGCACACAUUGCCAGCAUAGCAUUGCAUCCAGUGUGAACACCCGUAUUUAAAAAGCACUAGUAUAGUGAUUGGAAGCCACAUGGUUUUUCAACCUGUCCAUUGCAUAUCUUGUGUAGUAUUGCAGCCAGCGUGAACAAGCCUUUACAGUAACCUAACUAUAACUAAAGUUACUUGUAUGAUAAACUGCAGUUUCAUACAACAUAUGUAUCUUUAUAUGUUUUCUAAUGCAAAAUAAGUCUGGGGACCUGAUGGGAAGUAGAAUUUUAUAGAGGGGAAAGCAAAUACAUACUGCCUAACUCCUGAACAUCCCCAAAAUCAUGCUAACUCCAUAUGCUAGUUUUUUAGGCACAACAUUCAUGAGCCUCUUGCCCUCAAUUAGAAAAGUGCACUGUCUGAAAAUUCAUUGAAUUACUUUAGCUAAUUGCAUAUGAAGAAGAAUCAGACAAAGAAGUAAAACUGAAUGCAGUAUGUCAGUUCUCUAUUCAUAUUAAUUUGGCUCUGUAACAAGUAGUACAGUAAAACCUUACUAAGUUGGAUGUCAGUUAAGUCCGACACUUUUAAGGGGAGUAGAAGGACCUGCAAAGAGCAAGAGGGGCACAGCAUAAAAACCUUGAUGAAUCUAUCUACAAAUGGUACAUGCAAGAAAGAGCUGAGGGGGUAACAGUGCACAGCCUGGACAUCCAGCAUGUUGCAGAAGGCUUGCUGAAUACCUUUGAGGACAAGGAAUUUAGAUACAAUGCUGGAUUUGGAUAAGUCAGAUCAGCCUUCCCCUCCAAAUUAUUCUGACAUAGUGUUACAGGACAGAUGGAGAGAAGAGGCAAACGAAUAUCUCCUCGGCAGCGACGCCUCAAUGAUUUCUUCAGUUCCUCUCAAAAGAGUUCCAAACCAAUGAACAAGGGAAAUGCUUUGCUUGAUAAAGCUGGGGCUGCACGUCCCAUUGCUACUGUGUCUCCUAUGGCAGGUCCAUCUAAGGCAAUUUUUAUAAGUGAUGAUGAUGAUGAUGAUGACUUUGAAGACUUCAGCAGUGUGCCACGUGUCAAGGGUACUCAGAUUCCUUGCAGUAAGCAAGUCAAGAAAGAAACUGAAGAAGAGGAGGAAGCUGUACAAGCUGUUCGUAAAAGCACAAAGCGGGUCAUUGCAUCAGACGAUGAAGUUGAUAUUGAGGACUUGAUAGAUGACUCAUCACCUUUGAAAAGCAAGGUUGAUGAAGAGUCAGAAAAUGGAUUGGCUAUUGAAGAUGAAGAGGAGGAUUUUUUUCAAGAUGACUUUUUUGGAAAUGAGGAGGAAGAGAAGGGACCAGGAUGGGAAGAGAUGUUGAAGCCACAGGAUUCUCAAGAGUUUACCAGUACCACAAAUGCUGCAUCAGAUACUGCAUUAAUUGAAACACACUCCAAGGAUACUUCUCAAUGUCCUUUUGGCAAAACACAAGCCAUUGGAAUAGAAGAUGGGCAUGUCUCACCCUCAGUGUCACAUUGCAGCACUCAGGCAGAGGGGGGUGUGUCUGUCUUGUCUCCCAAAAGUACAGAUCCUGUUUACAAAGAUGAAUCAUUUAAAGCAGAGGUGAAAACAUCAUCAGCACUCGGUCAUACAAGUAAAUUUGUUGGUGCUGCACCCAAGGAAGAGAAUGAAACAAACCUUUCCUUCCCCAAAGUUUCUGAGGAGAAGAGAAAACUUCAGUCUGGCAUCCUGCACCCUCUUGGUGAGGAGGCACCAGUGCACAAAGUCACUCCUAUGGUCACUUACGUGUCAUUAUCUAAAGCACAGAAGCCUUCCAUCAGCUUCCUUAGAGCAUCAGAGAAAGCACAGGAUACUCACCCAGUGCAGCAGUCACUACACGUCCUUUCUGCCUCUUCAUGCACACCACAAAGUCUUCCAGCUGGUGCAUCACACAAGAUACCUAACCCAGCACAGGAGCCUUCCACCACUACCUUGCAGGAUGCUUGCAAAACCUCUCUUUUAAACAUGCCAAACUUUGGAUCUUCCCUUGAGGUCAUGAGUGAGGACCAGAUUCUAAAGCAUCCAAUAUUAAGGGUUACAGAGUUGGAGGAAGAUGACAUAUCAAUGAUAAAUUCCCUCCAGUCGUCCCUGCUCAGCAUCAUGGCAAAGCUGCUAAUGAGUCUGCCCCUUGGAAUCUUGCAGGAGGUGCCUAGUUACAACACAACACAGCACAUGAAAGCUAUGGCUGCAUAUAAGAAAAUAGUGAAGUGUUUGGAGAAUUACGAAGAGUGUCAUAGAAAGAGAGAAUUACAAGACCCCCAAUCUUUUGGUGAUAAUUCACUAUGCCUCAGCCCCAAUGAGCAGCAUUAUAGAUCAACUCUCCAUUCACAAAACAGUUUCAGCAUGAUUAAGAAUACUGGGAUUGGUUCAUGUGAGCAUCAAGAAGCUAAUGCCACAAUAGUGCCUGAUUUAAACAAUGGUAUAGUUAUUGAUGACUCGAUGGGAAUGGCUCAUUGUAAAAAAUCUCUAGACUUCUCAACUGAUGCUAUAAGUGAUAGAAUCUCGGAUCCUGAAAUGCAUCAAGGCAGUCCUGGCAACUUUCCCAGUACUUCCAGAGUAUCACAGGAAGGUUCAAGUGCAGCAGUGGACAAUUCAUCCAAGUGUUCAUCCAUCCAGACCAGUACACCUAAUGUGACAAAUGCACAAAAGGCAGUUUUACCUCGAAAGUUCUCUUUUGGAAGCCAUCGGAAGUUGGCAUCAGGCUCAGACAAGGCAGCACCAGCAAGCAGUGACAAGCUUAGUGGGCUGAGGACUGCCAAUACUAGAUCUUUAUUAAGCCUCACAAACACUUCUGUAACACCAAACAUCAGUACUUCAUUGAGCACUAGUGGACUGAAAAUUGCCAAUACCAAUACCAGACCUUUAUUUAAUCCCUCAAACACUUCUUUAACACCAAAAGCCAGUGCUUUAGUGAGUGCUUCAGUUCAUGCCAGCACAAGUGGUUUUAAAAAAUCUAAUGUCAGGCCUGUGUGGCAAAAAGACAGUGAUUUUGGAUCGUCUACUGUGGUUGGAAAGACGUCGACAGCCAGUGUUUAUCCCAGGCCUGAGAAUUUAGUGGCUUUAAACUCUGAGAAAAUAAUCAAACAAGCAGAUUACUCCAGUGAGUUUCCCCCUGAUGAUGUAAUGGAAGACGACUUCAUUGAGGUGACACAGAAUGACGCCUGUGAUGCCUCUGCUCAGGGAGGACCACAAACGAUAGACAACUGGAGGCUACAGAAGAAACAAAGUCCUGCUCCUAGUUUUGGUGAAAGGACAAGUUUACAAAGAGUUUCCUCUGUGCCCAGCAACACCAAGAUAAUGGAAGAUGAACUGAAGGAUGAGGAUUUUGAUGAUUUUGAUGAAACAGUGUCUCUGGGAUCUAGAGCUAGGGAAAAGUCAUGGAAAGAAGGACCAUUUGCUGCUCCUGGGAAGGUGGUGAAAACAACAGACAAAAUAUUGAUCUCAGAAGAAAAAAAUUACACCAAAGCUAUUUACAAAUCACCAAAUAAGGAACAGAUUCCCUCCCUGAAUGAGCCUGGUGCUGCCCGCUUCACUGGCAACGUGAGGAAUGAUGGUGUGACGGGCGAGUUCAGUGGCAUGAACUACCCACACUGCAAAGAGAUGCUCAAGAUAUUCCAUCAGCACUUUGGCUUGAGGCAAUUUCGGGAGAAUCAGAAAGAGGCAAUCAAUGCAGCUUUGCUGGGCAAGGACUGUUUUGUGCUCAUGCCCACUGGUGGAGGGAAGAGUCUGUGCUACCAGCUGCCAGCAUGUGUGACAGAAGGGGUCACCAUUGUAAUUUCCCCGCUCAAAUCUCUGAUGCAAGACCAGGUGCAGAAAUUGGCCUCCCUUGAUAUCCAUGCUGGGCGUCUCAGUGGAGACAUCAGUUUGCAGGAAGAGAACCAGACUUUCUUGGAUCUCUCAAGGAAGGAAAUAACCAUGAAACUCUUGUAUGUGACUCCUGAGAAGAUAAGUGCUAGUCAGAAAUUUACCGACCUCCUGGAACGACUCUACAACCAACAGAGACUUUCAAGAUUUGUCAUUGAUGAGGCCCACUGUGUUUCAGACUGGGGGCAUGACUUCAGGCCAGACUAUAAGAAACUGAGUAUUCUGCGCCAACGAUUCCCUGGAGUGCCCCUCAUGGCCCUGACAGCCACAGCCACACCAAGGGUCAGGGUUGACAUCCUUCACCAGCUUGGACUUGACGCCGACACAAAAUGGUUCCUCAACAGUUUCAACAGAAUUAACUUGAGGUACCAAGUCUUGCCAAAGAAAGGAAAAAAGGUGACUGAUGAGGUGGCCAAGCUUAUAAAAGCCAAGUACAAGAAUCAGUCCGGCAUUGUGUAUUGCUUGUCUCGGAAGGAGUGUGACACUGUGGCUGCUGAUCUCACUAGAUGUGGGAUUAUGGCCAAGAGUUACCAUGCAGGGCUUGCAGACAUCCAGAGGAGUAAUAUCCAGAAUCAGUGGAUUAAUGACAAAGUCAAGGUGAUUUGUGCCACAAUAGCCUUUGGUAUGGGGAUUGACAAACCAGAUGUACGCUUUGUCAUGCAUUACUCUCUGCCUAAGAGCAUUGAGGGCUACUACCAAGAGUCUGGCCGUGCUGGGCGGGAUGGCGAGGCUGCAGAUUGCAUUCUCUUCUACUCCUACCCGGAUAUGCAUAGAAUCCGGAAGCUGAUUGAAAUGGAUCAAGAAAACUGGCAGGCAAAACAGAAUCACUUUGACAACCUGUGGCGAAUGGUGGCUUUUUGUGAAAACCGAACUGAUUGUCGUCGGUCUCAGAUGCUCAACUACUUUGGGGAAAUAUUUGAUCGAGAGAAUUGCCGCCGCAACAUUCAACUGGCAUGUGACAACUGCAAGAACUUGUCGUCUUAUGUGAAGCACAACGUGAGCCAGGAAGUGCGCACCAUCCUGCAGACAGUGAAGCAGCUGUGCACUGGUGGCCGCUGGAGCAACAACUUCACACUCAACCAUUUUGUGGAUAUCAUGAAAGGCUCAAAGCUCAAGAAAAUAAUGGAAAAUGGACAUGAUCGUCUAUCCCUGCAUGGCAUUGGGAAAGACUUCGGCCGCAAUGACAUAGAGAGGCUCUUUCGACGGUUGGUGCUUGAGGGUUACCUGCAGGAAGACAUGGUUGUCAGUAGAGAUGAUAUGACAUUCGCUUACUUGCGGCCUGGACAGAAAUGUGACAGAUUCCUCAGCAACCCUAGUGCCACAUUCCACGUUGACAUAUCACACACGAGAACCAAUCAGGUUGUUGCUGACUCAAGCUCGAGAACCAGUGAUGAUAGUGAAAUUAAGGAAAUAGAAAAGGAGUGCUACAAAGACUUACUGAGUGUAGUGAAGGGCAUUGCUUCAGCGAAGGGCAUCAACUACACCAAUGUUAUUAACAUGACUGCUCUCAGAUGUAUGUCAUUGGAAUUACCUGAGAGUGAAGAAGAGAUGAUGAAAAUACCUCAUGUGACAAGAGCCAACUAUGAGAAAUAUGGAGAAGCACUCUUGGAUGUUACUCAGCGAUAUGCUGCUCAAAAACUUGUUGUAUUGAGUGACCGGGCUGAAGCUGACAUGAUGGAAGACAGUUCAUCCUUGGGGCUGGAUGACAGCACCAGCUGGAUGAACAGCAUCAGUGCACCCAACCCAGGCACCUCUCCUCACUUUGGCAAUGUAAGCCGACAAGGCGGGUUCAGGCGUGGAAUCAAGCGAAAGAGGAACUUUGGCAACUGGAGAGGAAGAGGUAGAGGAAAAGCAAAAAAACAAGGAGGUAAAAGUGCUGGUAGCCCAACCAAAAAGUCAAGGUAUGCAGCUUGCCGAACCAAGGUAGCAGCAGCAGCAACAAGUGCAAGAGGAGAAAGUCAAGGAGUCAGGAGACCACAUAGUGCAGGAAGAGGAAGCAGUAGCUCUCUACUUUUGCAAAGGCCAAAACCACAAGCACAGCCAUUCCAGACACAGUCCCGAGUGGUGCGGUUCUGACACUUGUCUUGCAAAAGUGUGACUUGAAUGUGAAAUGCUUCCAUGUAUUUUACAGUUUGUCAGAGGGAUUGAGUUUGUAAUUUUCAUUUAGUAGGGAUAGUCUGGAUAGUGGCUACAUGCACUGUGGUCAGGUUCAGUAUUGCCAGUGUAUUCCCUGCAGAUUACAGAAGUCAGCCAUAAGAGAUGUAUUUUCAUUCCCACAAUGAGACUGGUUAUUAUAUCUUGUCUGGACCACUCCUUUUAAGAGAGAUUUCAACUUGUAUAUAGAGAUGUAGAUAAAUUACUUAUAUCUUAGUCUUUCCUUAUUUUUUAUACUUUCAUUAUCAUUGCUAUUACUAUUAUUUCUUUCAUUAUUAUGAUUUUAUUUUAUUUUAUUUUUCUUGUUAUAAUUUUUCUUUUAGUGACAUUUUCAUCUUUCCUAUGCUUGUAUUUUUCAGAUUCUUAAGUUUCACUUUUCUCCAGGAUGCAAAGAUCAGGAUUUAGCUGUCUGUCAGGGAUUGGGAAUUUUGAAAUAGGCAGAGGAGGAUGUAAAAGAUGAGUGAGGUGAGCAGGGCUGUGUGCUUUACUGGCAAUGGCUUAAAGAUGGAAGGAAAAGAAUCAUUUAUGAAAAUUGUCCGAGGCACAGGGGAUACUUUAGACCUCGGUGAGAUCUUGGGAACAGGCAUAACAUUUAUGUUAUUUAUUUUUGAGUUUGAGGGUAAUAGCUCCCUCUCUCACAUGCAUUAUGACAGUUUUCAAUGUGUCAUACCCCAUGCAUCCUUUUCACCUUACAUCAAAACAGGUUUUCCCUCCCUUCCAAAAAUUUUCCCUUAAAAGAUGUAGUUGUUCUUGGAAAUCGCUAUUUUUAUCUAAUUUUGUGUAUAUGUACUAUAUUUAUUUGAUUUAUUUUUGUUGUGGAAUUCUGCAAAUUUUACAGCAGUUGAAAAUGGAUUAUAAAAAAAUAAAAAUACAUUACUUU